AUAUUCCCCAACCCAAACCCUAACCCAGUCCCCUUAAUCCCUUUUCCACACACCAAGUUCUCGGCUUCUGCUUCUUCCGUUCUUCCACUUCUCCGUCCUCCCAUGAUUCCACUCCACAGGGCACAGACCACGAUUCCUCUGUUCUCGGCUUCUGCUUCUCCGUCCUCCGACGCGGCGAGGCGCCGAGGCCAACGCCCUCGCUCCCGUCUCCUCUCACUCACGCUCUCCGUUUCCAGCCGACGCCCUCGCCCCUCAGGCCUCAGCCAGUCAGAAAAUGGGGAAGAAACGAUUGCAACUGUUCCUGUACAAUAGCAUGACAAAGCAUAAGGAAGUUUUCAAGCCGAAAGAGGAUGGUAAGGUCGGAAUGUAUAUAUGUGGCGUCACUAGCUAUGAUUUCAGCCACAUUGGCCACGCUCGAGCCUAUGUAGCUUUCGAUAUUCUCUACAGAUAUCUAAGAUACUUGGGAUAUGAGGUGGUUUAUGUACGUAAUUUUACGGAUGUGGAUGACAAGAUAAUUAAAAGAGCAAAUGAACUUGGGGAGGAUCCAGUAGCACUGAGUGGUCGAUUUUGCCAAGAGUUUCUUAAUGACAUGGUUGAUCUCCAUUGCCUCAUGCCCACCCAUCAGCCACGUGUUACAGAUCAUAUGGAUCAAAUAAAGGAAAUGAUAGCACAAAUAAUGAACAAUGGUUGUGCUUACACAGUUGAUGGGGAUGUGUAUUUCUCCGUUGAUAAAUUUCCAGAGUAUGGUAAGUUAUCUGGACGGAAAUUAGAAGAUAACCGAGCUGGUGAGCGAGUUGCUGUUGAUUCUAGAAAGAGAAAUCCGGCUGACUUUGCCUUGUGGAAGGCUGCAAAGCCUGGCGAGCCAAGUUGGGAAAGUCCAUGGGGUCUUGGAAGGCCAGGGUGGCAUAUAGAGUGCAGUGCUAUGAGUGCUCAUUAUUUGACUCACUCGUUUGAUAUUCACGGUGGUGGUAUGGAUUUGAUUUUUCCUCAUCAUGAAAAUGAGAUUGCCCAAAGCUGUGCUGCUUGCUCUGAGAGUAAAGUGAACUAUUGGGUACACAAUGGAUUUGUCACUGCAAAUGAUGAGAAAAUGUCAAAAUCACUUGGAAACUUCUUCACCAUUCGUGAGGUUACCAAGCUCUACCAUCCCUUUGCAUUGAGAUAUUUCUUGUUGGGGACACACUACCGUUCUCCGGUCAAUUAUUCAAUAUCACAGAUAGAAAUUGCAUCAGAAUCUCUGUUCUAUAUAUAUCAGACAUUACAAGAUUGUAAAGAAGGCGUUUCAAAGUUACAAGAUGGUAUUGAAAUGAAAGGAGGUCGUGUAAGCGCUGCUGCUCAAGAAUGCAUCAAGAAGCUGCAUAAUGAGUUGGAGUCAAAACUUUCUGAUGAUUUACACACUCCAUCAAUAUUAAAUGGUGCCCUUCAAGAAGCCUUGAGAUUCAUGAAUAGCUCUUUGAACACACUGAAGAAGCAGAAAAAGCAACAACUUGUAUCUGGUAUCACCUCCAUUACUGAGUUGGAGAAAGAAGUGAAGGCAGUGUUGGAUGUUCUUGGAUUGCUCCCCGAUUUAACUUACUCUGAGGUUUUGCAGCAAUUGAAAGAUAAAGCAUUGAUAAGAGCGGAGUUGACUGAAGAAGAUAUUCUGAAGUCAAUUGCCGAACGAGUAAAAGCAAGGGAAGAAAAAGAUUAUGCUAAAAGCGAUCAGAUUAGGAGUGAUUUGGCUGUUAAGGGGAUUGCUUUAAUGGAUGUUGGGAAUGAAACAAUCUGGAGGCCCUGUGUACCAACCCAACAAGAAAGCAACGAGCAAGCUCAACAAAAACUUCCUGCUGCACCACCACAAAAAGAAGAGUCUGCUACUCCACCUCAGCAAGAAAAACCAGCUGUGCCACAUCAACAAGAUCAGCAAACUGUCACCACCAGUGUGCCACCUCAGAAAGAUACAAUUGUGUCACGUCAGUUGAGAUGAGAAAACUGUCACCACUAGUGUGCCACCUCAACAAGUGGUAAGAGUGCUCUACUUACAGCCGAGAGGUUGGAGGUUCGAUCUUCAAAUCCUUGAGUUUGAGCCGGUCAGCUGCUCUACUUACAGCCGAGAGGUUGGAGGUUCGAUCCUCAAACCCUUGGGUUUGAGCCGGUCAGCUAUGGGUAACCUAGGUUAGUUUACCUCCUUGUGGUCCUUUGCCGGCUAGGGUCACAAGGCAAGAUUAGGCUACCAGCAUCUGACAAAAUAGCAAGCAAUUUCUGGACAUCAUCUUUUUGUAUGGUUUGAUGCUCUCAACUUUCUGAACAAAUGGUUUCAUAGAAUAGAUGAUCACAUAAGCUAUAUAUUGUAUCAUUUGUACUAAAAAAAUUGUACCAUUUUGAUAUGAGCUGUUGCCUCAUUGUUGAGGCAGUAAAUUAUCACUAAAUUAAAGAACACAGUUCAACAUUUUUAUUG